CUUGUGCUGAGCCGCUCACUACCAGCCGGUCUCUCCCCGCACACGAAGAAGUCGUGUGAGAGAGAAGAGAGAAGAGUGAACAUGGCAUCGCUGCGUCGUUUUGGACGUCGCUCGACGGCGAGUAGCAAGUUCAACAAUGCCGACGAGCCAAUCGUCAUUGCCGACACGCCGUCGCCCGCUAAGAGCAACAGCGCCGCGCAUUCGGUGAGGACGUCGGGCACCAACACGCCUGCAACGUCCGUCGAGACAGCCGAUGGCGAUGAGAAAAAGAUCUAUGAGCUGUCGCCCGAAUUGGAAGGGAAUGUUCAGGUUGUGAUCGAGAGAGAACCGACUAGAUUGGCCAAAAAGGGCAAAGACAGAGCUGCCACUAGCAAGCGCAAGCGUGUCAGCAGGACCGGUGUCAAGAAGGAAGAGAGGGAGGAGGAAGUUCAGCGUCCGAACAAGAGAAUUGCCUCGUCAAGCAAGCAACAGGACAUUACGAGGAAGCAGGAUACAGAAGAAGAAGACGAUGAUGACGACCUCUCGGACAUCGACGACAGCCUAAUCAAGUCGCUUGGUCUCGGAAAGAAGGGCAAAGAAAAGGAAAAGGAGGAACAACCUACGAUAUCUGUAGCGGAUUAUUGCUUCGACAGCGACGAUGAGCUGAAAGCCGUCCUUGGUGCCAGUCGUGCAGCUGCUGGGGGCGGCGGCUUCGUCGACGACGAAGAGACAGAGGAUGAAAAGCCAGUGAUGCAGCGGGCUGCGGGCAAGCGCGCCGUACGACCGGUUCCCAAACGCAAGGCCGACUCGAUUCCACCCAGUGACGAGGAAAGCUCUGACGGCGGCGAGUUCAAGGAGCCUGACGACGUGGGCUGGGACGACAGCGACUUUUCCGAUGAAGACUAUGGAUCGUCCCGCAAGCGCAACCGCGCGAAUGCAAAGCCUAGGGCUCGUGCAAGGAAGGCGGCUACGAUACCGGAGCCGAGCGAUGAGGAGGAGGAGGAAGAAGAAGAGGAAGAGGACUCUGAGCUUAGCGAUAGCGAAGGCGAAAGCGCCGACAUGCCGCUUGCUGCCACCGCUGGACCAACUGCUGGAGCCGACGUCAAUGCCGCAUACGAAACUGCAAAGCAGCGCGCUAAGCGCCUAAAGCGAGAGCAGAGGGAGGCAAGGGCUGAAGCCAGGGCGAAGAGGACGGGCAAGAGGCGCGCAAAGAAGCGUUCUCAGUAUGAAAAGAACUACGAGGCUCUGGUUCAACAUCAUCCGGAGCUCAAAAAGAUCUGGACAGACCUCGCCGCGACGCCGAGCCAGAAACCGGAGAUGGCCAACCAGCCAGAUGGAUUAAACAUUAAGCUGCUCCCCUUCCAGCGCGAAGGACUCAACUGGCUCAUCAAGCAGGAGAAAUCACUCUGGAAGGGAGGCGUCCUGGCAGACGAGAUGGGUAUGGGCAAGACUAUCCAGAUCAUCAGCCUGUUCCUUUCCGAUCGAAAGAAACCCAACCUCGUCGUGGCGCCUACGGUGGCCAUCCUCCAGUGGCGCAACGAAAUCGAAAAGUAUACGCAAGGCUUCAAGGUCAUUGUUUGGCACGGGAGCGACCGAUCGUCGGACGUGCAGAUCCUGUCCAAGGCCGAUGUGGUGUUGACUAGCUAUGGUACGAUGGAAAGUGCGUUCAGGAAGCAAGUAUCAGGCUCUCGCAAAAAGGGCCUCAUCACCAAGACCAAGAGCCCCCUACACGCCGUCAAGUGGCACCGUGUCGUCCUUGACGAAGCCCACAAUAUCAAGGAACGAGCGACAAACACAGCAAAAAGCGCAUUCGAGCUCAAGAGCACCAAUCGGUGGUGUCUUUCCGGCACGCCACUGCAAAACCGUGUCGGAGAGCUUUACAGUAUGAUUCGCUUCCUCGGCGGCGACCCGUACAGCUUUUACUUUUGCAAGCGCUGUCCUUGCAAGUCUCUCCACUGGCAGUUUAGCGACCGACGCAACUGCGACAAGUGCGGCCACACGCCCAUGCAUCACGUCUGCCUCUGGAACAACGAAAUCCUCAAGCCCAUUCAGAAUCAGGGCACAACGACUGGCGAGGGCAGAGAUGCGUUUGCCCGCCUUCGUCUGCUCCUUGACCGCAUGAUGCUACGCAGGACCAAGCUCGAACGUGCAGACGACAUGGGCUUGCCUCCGAGGACCAUUGAGGUUCGUCGCGAUCUAUUCAACGAAGAGGAAGAGGAGCUCUACGAGUCCUUGUACCGCGAUACCGCCCGCAAAUUCACCACCUAUAUCGAUCAAGGCACCGUUCUCAACAACUACUCCAACGUCUUUACGCUCUUGACGAGGAUGCGUCAGUGUGCAUGCCACCCCGACCUCGUCUUCAAGUCCAAGACGGGCAUGAAGAGCGUCUUCGGGGAGGAAGCCAGCAACGCUGCCAACAGCGUUCACGUCUGUCGAAUUUGCCAAGACGAGGCCGAGGAUGCCAUCAUGUCAAAGUGCCGCCACAUUUUCUGCCGCGAAUGCGUUCGUCAGUGGAUGGGCGACGGGCUUGUAGGCGAAGGCGAGACGGUGCCCGAAUGCCCUUACUGCCACGCUACGCUGACCAUUGACCUGGAGGGUGAGGCACUCGAGCCACCAGUCCAAGGACUGAAUAAUCACGGUGCGCGUGGGGGCAUCAUCUCGCGUAUCGACAUGGACAAGUGGCGCAGCAGUAGCAAGAUCGAGGCUCUCGUGGAGGAGCUCACGCAGCUGCGUUCUGAGGACAAGACAAUCAAGAGCUUGGUCUUCUCCCAAUUCGUCAACUUUCUCGACCUCAUCGCAUUUCGUCUGCACCGCGCCGGCUUCCAGGUCUGCCGUCUCGAGGGCCACAUGACCCCAGAGGCGCGCAACAAGACCAUCGAGCACUUUAUGAACAACGUCGGCGUCACCGUCUUCCUCGUCUCGCUCAAGGCAGGCGGCGUCGCACUGAACCUGACCGAAGCAUCUCGUGUUUACCUGAUGGACCCCUGGUGGAAUCCGUCGGUCGAGGUGCAGGCCAUGGACCGCAUUCACCGCCUGGGCCAACACAGGCCUAUUAUCGUUAAGCGUAUGGUCAUUGAGAACUCGAUCGAAACGAGAAUCAUCGAGCUUCAGAACAAGAAGAGCGCGAUGAUCGAGGCUGCCAUCGGUAAAGAUGACUCAGCUAUGGGACGUCUUAGCGUCAUGGACUUGCGCUUCCUCUUCAGCCUCUGAACAUUUCCCAAUCAUGAGGAGUCAGGACUCUUGGCAACACCUCCGCAUUAUUCCACCCCGAAACCCACCUCGGCCGUCCACGGACGGCCGCAACCGCAUUGUAUCACAUCAGUCAAAUUCUCUUCAUCCGCCCCAGAAUAUGUCAAAGUGACAAUUAGUUGUAGACUUAGCUUUCUUGAACGACAAAUACACGAUUGAUUCC